GCUGCUCAGUGAGACAGUCUCUCUCUGAAAAGAUCCAAGUGUCAGCUGUAUGCUAAUGAAGCAAAGAGCAUUGUCUGCUCCCGGAUGGGAGGGCGCAUUCCACCGGUUUGCAGGACCAGUCCCACUGAUAUCACACCCACGCCAUAGCCUCACACAGCUCUUAGCAGUAAUGAGUGAGGCCUGGCAUGCACAACCUGGAAACUGACAGGCUGUGGUGAUCAGGGGGAAUGCAUGAGGCAAGGGACAGUGAAAGAAAGACACUAACUCUGUUCUAUGGGUUGUGGAGAGAACAGGAGAUGUCUAACUAAGCCUAGUUAAAGUUCACAUCUACACUGCGCAAAGAAACAUUUUCCCAGAUCCACGAACUGUGAAUGCUGAACUGCAAAUGAUUAUAAGCACUUCCCAGAGACUGAGCGCAUCAGGCGAUCAUCUUAUAGGGAAUCCAUACACCUCCGCCAUGGUUACCCAGAGCCAUAUCACAGAUGCCUCCAGCUGGUUAUUGGGAGAGCGAAAACGUGCCCGGGAAUUCAUUGAAUCAGACCUUUCCGAAAGUAAAAGAAAUAAAAGAGGUGAGAAGAGUGGAAAGGGACUGCGGCAUUUCUCUAUGAAGGUUUGCGAGAAGGUUCAGACCAAAGGAACCACAUCCUAUAAUGAGGUAGCAGAUGAGCUGGUAUCUGAGUUUACCUCCUCUUCUGGUCACAUGGCCACAGACUCUGCCUAUGACCAGAAAAAUAUCAGACGGAGAGUUUACGAUGCUCUAAAUGUUUUGAUGGCCAUGAAUAUUAUUUCCAAAGAGAAGAAAGAAAUUAAGUGGAUUGGGUUACCCUCCAACUCGGUGCAGGAGUGUGAGAACUUAGAGAUAGAGAAGCAGAGGCGAAUGGAGCGCAUUAAACAGAAGAGCGCUCAACUCCAGGAACUUCUCCUGCAGCAAAUUGCCUUUAAACAUCUGGUUCAGAGAAACAGACAGACAGAACAGCAGAACCAUGUGCCCCCUGCAGUAAACUCAACCAUCAAGCUUCCCUUCAUCAUUGUAAACACCAGCAAAAGAACAGUCAUAGACUGCAGCAUUUCCAGUGACAAAUUUGAAUACCUCUUUAAUUUUGACAAUGCCUUUGAAAUCCAUGAUGACAUUGAGGUUCUGAAGAGGAUGGGAAUGUCGUUUGGUCUAGAGUCUGGAAAAUGUUCAUCCGAGAACCUGAAACUUGCCAAAUCGUUUGUACCUAAAGCCCUGGAAGGAUACGUGACAGAAAUGGCAUCGGGGUCCUCCUGGGUGGAUCAAGGGCUACAUUUCAAUACUUCACAGACCAUUUCUGCAGUAAAUUCAGCCUGCCCAUCAGCUUAUUCCCAGUCCAGUGUAACGCCAGGAUUAUAUUUUGAUUCUGAAGUGUCCCUAACUGCUAGCAGCCAUCAUUCCAGCUCUGGUACUUCACUUUACACAGAGUCUCGAGGGGAGACCCCCUGCUCUUUUGAUGAUGAAGACGAGGAUGACGAUUCAUCUUCACUGGAAUAAACUGGACGGGUGUUUCAGUGUGUGCGUGAGUGUGUGCAUAUUUGCGUAUGUGUGUAGGGGGAAUUCUUUGAAUGCAAAGAGGGUAAUGGGAGGGAACACUUUUCUGUCCUGAUCAAAUCCCUUUGCAGUUAAGUGUUCUGUUUAUUAUGAAACUGAAGUAGCUCUAUAAUCCCUAAACCCUUCACUCUGACAUGGUGGUGCCAUGGUAGUUUGCAUAUUACCGGAUACCCCAAUAGUAAUGGGGAUGUUUUUUUUUUGUUUUGUUUCUUUUUAAUGUCAUGGUUUCACAGGAUCAGGAGGAUCAACGCAAAAAAUCUAAAAGAAUUUCUUAAGCUGGGAAUUUUUUUAUUUUACUGCCUAUGUCAAAUCACAUUACUAUCCAACAGAAACUCUGGACAUCGCACGUAACAUGGAAGAUAAACAAUACAUUUAAAUUGUAAAUUCUUUCUGCCAGUCAUUGAGUGGAACACGCUUACAUCAUCUAUGUGCUCCAGUAAUCAGACUUGUGUCAAGGAGAAAUAAUCGAAUUGCAGAGCUUUGUUUUUCACACAAUGCCAGUGGAAUGAGUGUUGGAUAUAGCUGCUUUGGAAGGUGAACCGGAGAAAGAAGCAUAAAACAAGCUUACUGCUCAUCAUAAUAAUAACAUGGAUUGUUGUUUUAAUGCUUCAAUGUGUUUAACCAGUCUGCAAAUGUGUUAAACCGGGACUGGCACUUUUUUUUUAUUACUUUUUAGUCCCAGUGUGUCCUGGUUUGCUGUUUUUUUACAGUUGACCAAUAGUAUUACAGCUUCUGUUGAAUGCUUCCAUUUGGGUUAGAAACGUUUUUACCCCAAUGUCACCUCCCAUUGCAUUGUAAUUAAUUAUCAAGACAAUAAACACAUUUGACCUAAUUAAAAAGAGUAAACAUUUAUUUUUUUUAAAAGAACUUUACAAUGUCCAAAACCACAGUUAUUAUAAUAUUACUUUUUGACUCUUUUUAGAAUAUCAAGUUUAAGUCGCUGGUUACUAAGUAGGUAAUGUGAUUAUGCAGUAACACCCUACCUAUUGUGAUCUACAAUUGUUUUUAUAACCCCCCCCCCCCUUUGUUGCAUCUAAAAGAGGGCAUUUACUUUUUUUAAAUAAAUAAAAGGGUGUUCCUGUUCUAGAAAGAUUAAAAUACUGAUAGUUUUUAUGCUUAUGGGGAAUGUCACUGUCCUCCAAUAAAGCUUUGGGAGUUGACUAUCGGCCUAAAUAUUUUACCUUUUUCAUGCAAAAAAAAUCUGAUUCUUCAAUAUUGUGCAUUUAUGUGCACAAUAAGAUGUUUAAGGUUUGUCCCUUUUGUUGAGAGACUAUUUGUGGUGCAAAACCAGCGUUUGUACUAAAAUGUAAAGAUUAAUUUUUAAAAAAAUGAAUGUACCUUUUUUUUUUCUUGUGUGUGGAUAAUCUUUGUGUAUGGAUGCAAUGUAUCUUAGCUAAUAGAGGCUUAUCUGACACUGAUGUAUUUUGGCUGCCUGAGCAUCUAUCAUUUUACUUUACAUUGCACGUCAGCAUCUCCAGCAUCCAAGCAGUUUAAAGGACCUGGAAAUGAAAAUUUAUAGCACACGUUUAGCAACUGUAAACACGUUUUGAAUCUCCUCAUCUAUGUUUUGGUCUUUUAUCUUUCUUACAUGAAAAUGUGCUCUUCACUUGCUGUAUCAUUAUAACUAAUGCAUGCACGUAUAAGAUCUGUUGAUGUCAUCUCCUAUAGUACACCAUUUUUGACAGUGGUCCGCAAGCCUUGCUUGAGUUAAAGGGACAGUCUAGACCUAAUACAUCAUUUUGAUUACUUAUUGUUGCAUACCAGAGAAGCAUCCUGCAACUGGUCCCCAUAUCUAUAAGCUUGUAAGAAGUACAUGAAAUAUAAGCUGGGAUAAAAUUCUAAACAAUAGAUAUUUAAUACGUUUAUUGCAAAAAAGGAUAAAUCAAAUUAAUUAUAAAGUAAAAGUAUUAUCUUAUGAAAAUAGUAUCUCAGAUAAUAAGCAUAAAAUGCAUGACCUAAAAAUAGCCUGUUUAUACAAUCUAAUCUAAUUUGGCAAUACAAUGUUUAAAAAAACAAGAAACAUAAAAAUAAAUAGAACUGUAUGAUAUAUAUUUAUAUAAAUAUACACAUAAGGUGUACUGACAUUAAUGGCUGUUUAAUAAAUAUCUUGCAUAAGUUAGCUGAAAUAUGGACAACAGAAUAAAAGAGACCGUUAUACGUCUAUACUUCUAUAUAGCUGUCUGUAUACUAUUUCUACAAUAGAAUAUAUAAGAAGAAAUACCGCAUAAAAUUACAUACAAAGUCUCUUGGUAUUCAUAGUUGAAAGCUAAACCUAGCUAGGAUCAUAUCUAAUCUGAAUGCAUUUUGGCAGUUUUUUUUACCACUAGAGGGCGUUGGUUCAUGUGUGUCAUAUAGAUAACUUUGAGCUCACGCACAUGAAGCUACCUAGGAGUCAGCACUGAUUGGCUAAAAUGCAAGUCUGUCAAAAGAACUGAAAUAAGGGGGCAGUUUGCAGAGGCUUAGAUGCAAGAUAAUUACAGAGGUAAAAUGUGUAUUAUAACUGUGUUGGUUAUUCAAAACUAGGAAAUAGGUAGGGAUUAUCUAUCUUUUUUUUAAACAAGAAAAAAUGCUGGUGUUGACUGUUUCUUUGUUUCUCCAAUCUUGAUUGACUCUUAAAGUGCUGUCUAGUCAAAAAUAAACUUUCAUGAUUUAUAUAGGGCAUGCAAUUUUUAACACCUUUCUACUUUUACUUUUAUCAUCAAAUUUGCUUUGUUCUCUUGGUAUUAUUUGUUGAAAGCUAAACCUAGGUAUGCUCGUAAACUGAUUUCUAAGCCGUUGAAACUACCUCUUAUCUCAGUGCAUAUUGACAGUUUUUCACAGUUAGUUAUAGUUCAUGGGUUCCAUUCUAAAUAACAUUGUGCUCACUCCCGUGAAGUUAUUUGAGUCAUCACUGAUUGGCUGAAAUGCAAGUCUGUCAAAAGAACUAAGAUAAGGGGGCAGUCUACAGAGGUAAAAUGUAUAUUAAUAUAACCCUGAGUAAUAAAGGGAUUAUCUAUCUUUUUGAAAAAAAAAAAUUCUGAUGUAGACUGUCCCUUUAAAUAAGUUUCCUUCUAUUGGUAGUGAACGUCCACAAGAACAUUCAUAACCUAUGGUAAAUACUAUUCCUAGCCACCAGGAGGAGGCAAAGACACUACAAACAAGGCUAUGGAGGUUGGCAGAGAGAGGAGUCCUGUUAAAAGGAGAUUAAGUUUAUGGAUUGGCUCAAUGAGCCGGGGAUAAUAUAUCCAUAUAAAUCUUGGAGUAUUGGUAUAUAUUGACGCUGGGUUUCCUAUUCCUCCUUCCAGUGUAACCUAAGUCCCCUGUCUGAUAAUGCGGUGGGUUUCACACUAAAUUACAGACUUGGGUAAGUUUUUUUUUUUUUUUUUUUCCCCCUCUUUCAAUAGGUGGCAUAGGUCCUGUCCCUGCGCUAGUAUAUGUGUCUUGUGCACAUUUCUAUCACUUGUGUCAGACAUCUGGUUGUCGUACAUGAACUCCAGCCAGAGUCAUAGGCUUUGAGGAUUACACUUUGGCAUGUAAAUCCAGAACAGUGACCAGCAUUACAUUCCCUGUCACAGUGUGUAACAAAAUACAAGGCUAAUUUCAGAUCCACUGCGCAGUAGUCCGUGGGAGAAUGGUAGCAACUAGGCUAGGCCUGUCCGGAGUGGGUAACACGCCCUAAACAGGGUUUACAAGGGGACCGCUAUUUGGUGCUUGGGAACUAAAUACCCUACUGUGUGCUCACAACUAACUUUUUGUUCUUUAUGGAUGGUUCUAUGUUUGAAAGUCUGGAGGAAUCUUCCUCUCUGACUUCUUUUGGCAAUAGCAAGUGUAUACUUUGCAAACGAUCAACUGUGAACCCUCCAGCACAGCUCUGUUAUAGUUGCUUAUCGUAUGUCCUGACGUCUCACGCAGGAGGCCAAGGUGGUCAGACCGUAGAGGAACCUCUUUGGACCUGGUCCCUAGAAUGCCCAACUACGGCUUCUCAGGCCUCUGCUGAGGUGUAGAUCCCUGUUAAACAGCCAAUAAAUUCAGAAGGUGGCUCAUCCCCGGCUGGGGUAGACCAGCUAACCGAUGACCUUUCAGCCCACAUUGAGGCUAAACAUUGUUCCCCAGCAUGUAGCCCUGGUGUGACGGCGGAGGCCCUGACCGAUAGUUUUGGGCAACCUUCUGAACCUUUUUAUUUAGUUUUGAAGGAGAAAUUUCUUCCUCUGACCCUUCUGAUGUGUCAGAAGAUAACUCUGAGGAUGGCACGAUUAGAUUGAAAUCGGAUCAGCUUCAGCUGAAGAAGGUCCUGUCAAACUUGGGAGUUCCAGCAGCCAUGCCGACAGGAGGACCAGGUCCAAAAACUGGAAGCGGCUUAAAGACCGCUGAAAUUAUCUCUAAGGAAUGGGAGAAGCUGGGGACCCCUUUUGCUCCUUUGGCUGCCUUUUAGAGAUCCAUUCCUGUUCCUGUGGCCCACACGGAGGUCUGGAACAGUGUUCCUAAGGUGGAUGGCACUAUGUCCAUUAAAGAUCCCCCAAACUGGUGCCCUGUUUCACCCUGAUGUAGUGGUUGCUGUGGCCAAGUUCUGGUGUGAGUCCUUAGCAGAACAGAUUACCGUGGAGACUCCUCUGGAGGAGAUUUAGGAUCAUGUUCAAUCUCUGACAAAUGCAUUUGACAUUUUCAUUGACACUAUUCUCCAAAUUAUUUGCAUCACUGCUCAGAACGCCAGUUUUGCAGUAAUGGUCAGGAGGGCUCUGUGGCUUAAGUCCUUGUCUGUGGACAACAUAUCUAAGUCUCUGCUUUUAUCCUCGUAGUUGAAGGGCAAGUCUUUUUGAUCCAGGUGUGGAUGUUAUUAUUGCUACUGUCACAGGUGGCAAAGGAGCUUUCCUACCACAGGAUAAGACGUCUAAACCGAAGAAUUGUUUUGCUGGGCAUUUUUCUUCCUAUCGUCCGAACAGGAAUCAGAGGGGUGCAGAGAAACCUAAAACUGAGUCCCCUAGGACAAUAUGGAAUCCCACUCAAUGGUGAAAUAAGAACAAACAGCCCAAGAAGACUUCUCAGGACAAGAAGUCUGCAUGGCGGUCUCGCCUCCCACCUGGGAGCAGGUCAUGUAGGGGGCAGACUUUUUUUUUCUGAAGGAAUGGUCACUCUGUCCAGGACCCUUGGGUUAUGGACAUUAUGCAUCUGGGGUACCGAAUAGGACUUUGCUCUCAUCCCCCAAGGGACUGUUUCCUGUUGUCUGGCUCUGCUCCGUUGUGUGAAUGAUCUCCUCACCAUAAGAGUAGUGGUACCAGUUCCCCCAGCAGAAAAAGUGAUCAUCAAAAAGGAAGGCUUGUUUCACCAGAUUCUGGAUUUGAAGGGACUCAAACAAAUUUGUAAGAGUUCCCACCUUCAAGAUGGAAAUAAGAUCCAUCCUUCCCUUAGUCCAAGAGGGUCAGUUCAUGUCCACUAUAGACUUAAAGGACGCAUACCUCCACAUCCCGAUCCACAGGGAUCAUUACUGUUUCCUUCUAUUUGUCUUGCGAGACAAUAACUACCAGUUGUUUGUGGUUCCCUUCGGACUCGCUACAGCUCCAACUGUUCACCAAGGUGCUAGGAGCUUUGCCUGGAUGACAUUCUGGUUUAGGCUCCAUUCUUUCCAGUUGCUCAGGAUCAUACGCAGAGGUUACUCUUGUGUCUUCAGGCGCAUGGUUGGAAAGUCAACCUAGAAAAGAGUUCUCUUGUCCUGGCUACGAGAGUAAACUUUCUGGGAAUAAUCAUAGACUCAGUCAGUAUGCACAUCUACCUUACAGACCAGUGCAGUGAGAAGCUUCAGUGAGCGUGCUGUCUGCUUCAGUCCAAUGUCCAUCUUUCAGUAGCACAUUGCAUGGAGGUGGUAGGUCUCAUGGUUGCGGCAUCGGAUACUAUACCGUUUGCUCAUUUUCAUCUGAGACCGCUACAGUUGUGUAUUGCCAGCUACAUUUUUACUAGGAAUGAGUUUGUCACCCUGCCUGGGUAAUAAUCACUACAGACGUGAGUGAGAGCUCAGUAAACCUGUUUCCUUCGAUUGUUGUUCUGCCCUGGGUGGUUGCCCAGAUCAAACAGGACGAAAUGCCAACUAUUCUGAUAGCUCCUGUAUGGCCACACAGGACCUGGUACGUAGAUCUUGUGAGGUUGUUGUCUGCUCCUCCUCGGUGGUUACCUCUUCGUCAGGAUCUGCUGUCUCAAGGACUGUUCCUCUACCAAAAGUUGCUUCUCUGAGAAUGUGAUUGAUACUCUUAUUCAGGUUCGUAAGCCGGUUACCAGACAGAUAUAAUAUAAGGUCUGGAGAAAUUAUCUUCACUGGUGUGAUCAGCAAGAUUUUUCUUGGUGUAGAAUGAAGACUCUGCAUAUCCUUCAAUUUUUUUCAGGAGGGUCUGGAGAAGGGCCUGUCGGCCAGUUCUAUAUUUAUAUCCUUGUUUGGGGUGUCUUUGCCUCCUUCUGGUGGCCAGAAAUAGUAUUUCCCAUAGGUUAUGAAUGUUCUUAUGGACUCUCACUGCCAAGAAGGAAAUUAAAUUAUCAGGUAAGAAUAAUUUUAGUUUUUCCUACUCUCACAUGUUAAUUUGUGUAAUUUGAAAUAGCUAACCGAAAGUAUUAAACGUGCACUUCUAAACUGUCAUACAAGAAACCACUAACAAGAAGAAAGCUGUGGGCGGAGCUUGGCAGACCUUUUUGGCUGCUAACAAACUAUUAUUUAAAAGUUUCAUGUUCUUCUUACAAACUUAUAGAUGUGCAACCCGUUGCAAGAUGCUUGUCUGGUAUGUAACCGUAAGUAAUAAAGAAUAAGUAUUGGGUCUAGACUGUUCCUUUAAAUUGAGCACACCUUCACAAAACUGAUACACUGUUUAAGCAAGGGGCAGCAGUGUAACACAUACACGUUUACUGUCAAAAAUGGUGGCACUAUGAGAUUAAAUGUGCAGACAUUUAUGCCCUUUGCGAUUGGCUAUUAUGAUCUAGGCUGAGAGAAUUGAAAGAAGCAGUUUCUGAAAGGUAAAAGUUACAGAAAUACAAAGACUGGUAAGCACACAUAUUAGGAAAGAUGCUUGAAAUUUAAUUUCACGGUUGCUUAAUGUUAACUUCAUUCUUUAAUUUCAUGACAAUUUAAAGUGCCCUUUAUAGUAGAAAAAUGAUAUCCUCUAAUUUGUUAGACUAGCAACACCACCUCAUAUAUCUAACUCACGCAAAGGGGCUAAACAUAUGGCAGACCUGCAGAGCACUGUUGGUCCCAAGCAGAAACGGACACUGAUCCAAUCAGUAGCGCUAGCUGCAAAGCUGAGUAAUGCGAUUAGCGCUGCUGAUUGGAUCAGUGUCCGUUUCCUCUGGACUACUAUUGUUUAAACCCGUUGCGGGGGAUUAAACAUACAAAGGUGCUGGGUCGCUAGUCAAAUUAGAGCAUGUAAUUUUUUUACUUUAACAAACCUUUAAAAUAGUCCAUAAUGUAGAAAAGCCAUAAAGCAGAGAUAAAGGGACAUGAAACCCAAAUUACAGUAUUUAUUUCAUGAUUUAGAAAGAGCAUGCAAUUUUAAAUUACUUUCCAAUUUACUUCUAUGGUCUAUUUUGCUUCAUUCUUUUGAUAUUUCUUUUGUUGAAAAGCAUAUCUAAUUAGGGUCGGUAGCUACUGAUUGGUGGCUGCACAUAGAUGCCUCAUAUGAUUGGCUCACCUAUGUGCAUUGCUAUUUCUUAAACUAAGGAUAUCUAAAGAAUGAAUCAAAUUAGAUAGAAGUAAAUUGGAAUGUUUAAAAUUGUAUUCUCUAUCUGAAUCAUGAAAUAAAUAUUGUGUGUUUCAUAUCCAUAUUAAGGAAAAUAAAGCAGUAGUAAAGGUAGCAUCUAAUCUUGGUAUGUUCCACUUGUACUUUCUGGUGAUUCAUUUCACAUCCCGAAUUCUGUUUAACUAUUUUAUAUAUAUUUUUUUGUAAAUUUCUAUAUUAAUUUUAAAUAAAGGCAUAUGAAAAAGAAAA